GGAUUACCACCCUCAUGCCAGAUAUUUUUCAAUAAAAACAAGAUGGCAGAUAACUGAAUCCAAGUCUCUCGAUUGAAGCGUUUUACGAUUACUUUUGGUGGAGUUUAAUCAAACGGCUCGACGGUAAUGACUUUGGUUUAGCACUCUGGUGUAAAAAGACGAUUCAUAAAGCAUAACUUCGCAAGAAACAGGUAGCAAUCAUGUUGCUGAACGAGGAUGUGAUGAAAUCAGCGAGUGUUGGAAGCAAGAAAGGCUACUUCGCUACCUUCUUCAUCCCGCCAGCAGAGGAGGAUGAAUGCGUCUUCCAAGACAUCGUCAAGAACGAGAAGGAAUGGCGUCCAGAUACCUCCCUCAGUCACCACACAGCGACGUCAUCAUCGCGGUCGAACCGCGGCUCGAGGUCAGCGAGAGGACGGGCAGGUCAACGCGUGAGAGGAGGCUUGCGAGGUAAGAGUGCGACGAGGAGCAUCGAUUUGGAGCUCGAUGACGCUGAUCCUGAGAGAGAUCGGAAUCGAGUGAGUACGGCGAGGAGUUCGAAGUCGGUGUUGUCCUGGGGUGGUUACUCCGAAUCAACACCACCGCCUCCACCCUCUAGAUCAGCCAUGAGGAAUCCUACGGGUGAUGGAAGACGUUCGAUCAGUAGAGGUCAAUCGACCAAGUUUGCCUUCGACCAGGGAAAAGCUUUCGCUACUCCUAUAGAAAGGACAAAGAAGACUUGCGAAGUGAUUCAAGAUGCGAAUCGCGGCAGUGGUGGCGAUUCUAAAGAACGAACAUGUAGACCGUACAGCAGCUACACGGUGUACCAGAAGCGAGAGAACAUUGCCAUAAGCCCCUAUGGAGAGCCGAACUUAAAGGGAGCUGCAGGAAGGUACCGAGAGCAGUAUCAAACCCUUACCAACUCGGUGCCACCGCCGAACGACACUUCAAAGGAAUCCAGAGACUAUGUCUUCAAGAAGUUCUUUGAGAACCUGACAGCGCGCUCCAGUCUUGCUUGCCGCUCUCCCAUCGGAACACUGAAGAAGCCGCCUCCGAAGCCUGUCCGAAAGCCGAGUGCGAAGCUGAACUCAAUGAUUGAUCAUCUGCACAAACAGGCCAAAGCCAGGAUGACAAGUGUCCAGAAAGAUCUACCAAGUGAUGGCAAAUCGGAACGCAGAAAUCAUGGUGUCGAAUACGUCAUAGCGAUGGAGUUGUCUCACAACCUUGAGAAGCAUCGUAUGAAGCGAUCAUACAGUUUCCCUAGCCUGCCAACUGUCGCGGUAGCCGCAAACACAACGAUGCGGUUAGACGCACCGCGAUUGAGAACUCAAUCAGUAAUCCACCUCACACCCGGUGAAACAUCCAUCCGAGGUGGAAUCGAGACAAAUGAGUUUGACUCAGAACGGAGCAAACGCGGACCAAUCGCAUGCAUUGAGCGUAAACCGCGUGUGCGGUCACCACCGCUUUCUAAACUCUCACGUGACCGCUUCUUACCUGAGGCGAUCAAACGUCGCGAGGCUGAACGUCAGGAGAGUCUUGCAGGGCUACGCAUUACCGCUAACACGCCGGUCACGGAUUGGAAGACGGAAUCAGACCGGCGACCGAAGUCAUCCUUGACGGCGACGACGAAGAUGCAACUCGACUCUCUGGCGUCAAAAUCGUUUGAAAACGUAAAUGACAUCGACGACGAGCGAGUGGACGACGUUGGAGAUGAAUUUGAUGAUGAAAACCUCGAUGAUGAUGAUUGCGCUGUCGAAGAAUUGUAUAAUGAUGACGAGCAUGAGCAAGAGUCAGGUGACGAAAAUACUCAGGAACCUUCCUUUGGAAGCGAUGCUGAUAACAAUGUUGAGGAAGAUAAAGAUGAACAUGCUGAAAGUGAAAAUGACGCCCAAAACCCUACCAAUAACGAAUCCGAAGUAAACCCUUCACAUUCCACUGAUGUGGGUGAAAACCUCACCGAGGAUAAAGAGGAUCUGGGAAUUGUCUCACAAUCCCUUGAGACGGAACACCAUUUGAAUAACGUCACAUCUGAAGUCACCAAUGAAGAGGGAGAAGAAGAUAAACUUGGAAUUGCAAGAACCAGCAAUGAACAGUUUCCAGUUAAAGAAGAUGAAACUGAUAAUUCGUAGAAAUUAAUUACUAUUUCUCUUUGGAAUUGCACCUAAAUCAUUAUCAUUAAAGAGUUAUCAGUGUCAGUCAA